AUGGCUUCAGCAAAAGAGCGCGCUGAAACGCGCCUGACCCUCCUCUGGCACGAAAUCCACCCUUGGCAGCAGGACAACCACUACAUCCAGAGCGGCUACCGCCCAGCCUCAAAUUCCUUCCGCAAGUCUGCAAAGAGCCUGUUCUACCUGCACAAUGAGACGGUCAACGUCUACACGCACCUGCUGGGUGCCGUUGCCGCCGUUUCCGGAGGGUGUGCCCUGUACGGCGCCCUCAGGCCGCGCUACGACACGGCCACGCACGAGGACGUGGUCAUGUUUGGCUGCUUCUUCCUGGGUGCUACCAUCUGCCUUGGCAUGAGCGGCACCUACCACCUGAUCAGCAACCACUCGCCGCACGUCUCGCGCUUUGGCAACAAGCUGGACUACAUGGGCAUCGUUUUCCUGAUUUGGGGGAGCUUCAUCCCGAGCGUGUACUACGGCCUUCUAGAACAUCCGUCCUACGUGCGCUUCUAUUGGAUCAUGAUCACGACCAACAGCAUCGCCUGUGCCGUAGCCGCCGUCCUGGACAAAUUCCGCUCGCCCGCCUUCCGUCCCGUCCGAGCUGCCAUGUUCGUCGGGCUCGGCCUGUCCGCCAUCUUCCCCGUCGUGAGCGGCCUCAAGUUGUACGGGCUCCUGGCCUUAAGGGAAAGGAUCGCCCUCGAUUGGCUGGUCGCGCAUGGGCUCAUGUACAUCGCUGGUGCUGCCAUAUAUGCCAUCCGAUUUCCCGAACGCAUUUGGCCGGGCCGCUUUGACAUCUGGGGAAGCUCGCACCAGAUAUUCCAUGUGCUGGUGCUGUGUGCUGCAGCCACGCACUUGGUCGGCCUGAUCAAAGCUUUCGACUUCCAGCACUCGCAGCCCUAUGUUACGGUGGACCGUCUGCAUCUGCUAGACCUACCCUGGCUGUGA